CGCUCAAGUUCUUUGUUUUCGUUGUUAUUUCUUUAAAUAAACACGUACCUUUUUGAGUAUAAAAUUUCGUGUAAAAUCAUGAGAUUAUACCUUUUAGUUUCUGUAUAUCAAAACGGGAAACAAAUUGUCAAAUCUUCAGCAAUAAGUAUUGAACCUCCUGGACUUUUAUCUGAUCUUUUAAAGUUGGCUUUUUCUACUAAUGAUAUACCAAACGCGAAUAUAUCAGUUGACUUUCAAAAAGAUAAUUCAAAAGAUUGGCAUAUAAUAUUAAAAGGAAUUCAAGAAAACUUAGAAAUAUUAAUUUUUUUAAAGGCUACACAUAUUAGAUUUAUAUGGAAUGAUGAUUAUGAUGAUAUCAAUAAUUCUCAAGCAGAAAUUCACAAAAAUGCCUUUAAUAUUUUAAUAAGUAAUGCUACAAAUAUUUAUCUUCCUCUAGCACAAGGUUUAACCACCAAAAUAACCUUUUAUAUAAUCACCAAGUUUAUUCAACAAUCAUAUCAUUUUCCAAAAUUUAUAAAAGAAUUACCAGAAUAUAAAGCAAGUUCAUCUUAUAAUCAAUACUAUAAUAAUUCACAUCAUAAAAAAAUAGAAAUUCAAGCAAAAACUUUGAAAAGUUAUGUAGAAGCAAGUGAUAAAAAAUGGGAACAAUUUAUCGAUAAAGUUAUUCAAUUAUGUGCGAUAUCAAAAAAGUAUGUAGAAUAUUUAGAUAAUGUAAAUAAUAGGAUGCGCAUUAUUCAUAGCAGUAGUAUACCUAUACGAAAUGGAAUUGAUCACAUAAAAGUAUUAGAUAUUAAUAAAACUUCAUCAAUGAGUAAUAAAUAUACUGAUAUUAUUAAUUUAAUGCAAGAUAAGGCUGAGUAUGAUCCUAUCUGCAUUGACGAUCUUAUUCCACAUAAUGUUUUUCAAGCUGUAUAUUUGGAAGGAAUAGAACUUCCAUUUAAUAUUAUAUUAUAUCGUUACUAUAGUGGGAAUUAUAUUGGUACUUUAAAUUGGAUUUGGAAAAGACCAGAUACCGUUGAGUUAUUUGAUAAAACUAAAGAGUCACAAUCUUUACUAAAAGCGCACGAGUCAUUACCAAAAUACUGUACACAGCAAAUGAGAAAAAAUGUGAUUAAUAAAUAUUCACUUUAUACACGAUUGUCACCUACUAUAUUAUGUAUACUAUAUCACAUCAGGAAAUUAUAUAGUGCGAAAAGUUGCGCAAGUUUACACAUCAUAAUAUUUCGUAAGCUUCCAGACCCGCCGCAAGUUUGCGUAAGCGUAAUAUUUCGUAACUUUUUAAAAUAUUUCGAAAUAUUACGAUAUGCAAAGCUUCAUAAUUUUACGAUUUGUAAUAUUCCGUAA